AUGCUUCGCGCACUCUCAGCCAAAUCCGCAUGCCGCAUCGUACGUCAAACUGGAGGCGCGAUUAUGUCUUACAACAAAACAAAAACGUGCCAGAAUGCUAAGGGCGCAGGAUUCGACCGGUCGCGCGGAAAAAGGAGCGCAGACGGCACCUAUUCCAGUAUCACCAUGACUACCUCGGAGCCUAUGUCCGAAGUCCUUGGCUGGAGACGAGGCAUGACAGAUAUGGCGUAUAUCAGCGUGCUUCACAUACGCAACAAUGGACACACCAUUGUAAUCAACACUCCCCGUCACUUCCGCACCUCUACUAUCACCAGGAACGAAGUCGAGGUAUUUGUCGAUGGCAAGCCCGUCAAGGUAGAGGCAGGAUCGGCUGUUAUUCAGGCCUGUGAGAAGGCGGGUGUUCUCGUUCCUCGCUUCUGCUAUCAUGAGCGCCUGUCUGUUGCAGGAAACUGUCGUAUGUGCUUGGUCGAAGUGGAAAAAUCGCCCAAGCCCGUUGCCUCAUGUGCAUUCCCUGUCAUGCCAGGAAUGAAGAUCAAAACGGACACAACUUUGGUCAAGAAGGCUCGUGAAGGUGUCAUGGAGUUCUUGCUGGCCAACCACCCAUUGGACUGUCCCAUUUGUGACCAGGGAGGAGAGUGUGAUUUGCAGGAUCAGUCUGUCCGUUAUGGUUCGGAUCGCGGUCGUUUCUCGGAGGUUGUUGGCAAGCGUGCUGUUGAGGACAAGGACUUAGGGCCAUUGAUCAAGACCACCAUGACUCGCUGCAUCCACUGCACGCGUUGCGUUCGCUUCGCUAACGAAGUUGCUGGAUUCCAGGAUCUUGGUACCUCUGGGCGUGGCAAUGACAUGCAGAUCGGCACGUACAUCGAGAAAACUAUGAACUCUGAGAUGUCCGGAAAUUUGGCUGAUGUCUGCCCUGUCGGUGCUCUUCUCUCCAAACCUUAUACAUUCAACGCUCGUCCUUGGGAGCUCAAGAACACAGAAUCGAUCGAUGUCCUUGACGCUCUUGGAUCCAAUAUUCGCAUCGACUCUCGUGGAGUGGAAGUCAUGCGUAUUCUCCCACGCUUGAACGAAGAGAUCAACGAGGAGUGGAUUUCUGACAGAACCCGUUCGGCAUACGACGGUCUUAAGACUCAGCGUUUGACUACUCCCAUGGUCCGCAAGGGCGAUACCUUUGUCAGUGUCAACUGGGCUGAGGCCCUUCAGAAGGUUGCUUCAGAGAUGAAGGCUUCUGGCGUAGGUAUCAAAGCCAUCGCUGGUCAGCUAGCUGAUGCAGAGUCUCUCGUCGCGCUUAAGGAUCUUGUCAACACUCUCGGGUCCGAAAACAUUACCGUCGAUAACCGUCGCCAGGACGCCCCCGCCCAUGGGGCUGAUUUCCGCUCCAACUACUUGCUGAAUUCUACGAUCGCCGGAAUCGAGCAAGCGGAUGCCCUCCUUUUGAUUGGUACCAACCCUCGCCAUGAGGCAACUGUCAUGAACGCUCGCAUCCGUAAGGCCUUUGUCUACAACGGUCUCAACGUCGGUCUCGUUGGUACCCCUGUCGAUUUGACCUAUGACUAUGAACACAUUGGUGCCGACACCUCUUCCCUCGAGGCUCUCAUCUCUGGCAAGCACGCAUUCUCUGCUCAGCUUGCCGCUGCCAAUAACCCCAUGAUCAUCGUCGGAAGCGCUGUGAGCGACUUACCUGAUAGCGAAUAUGUCUUCUCUGCCGUGUCCAAGAUUGUCAGUCAGCACAAGGACAAGUUCUUCCAGGAGAACUGGAACGGUUACAACGUCCUCCAACGUGCUGCCAGCAGAACCGCUGCAUAUGACAUCGGAUUUGUUCCUCAAGCAAAGGAGACCGGCAAGACUUCAUUUGUGUACUUGCUUGAGGCUGAUGAGAUCUCACCCAGCGAUAUUCCCAAGGAUGCAUUUGUGGUCUAUCAGGGUCAUCACGGCGAUAUUGGUGCCCAGUAUGCCGAUGUGAUUCUGCCGGGAGCAACAUACACAGAGAAGAGUGCCACAUACGUCAAUACAGAGGGUCGCCCCCAGAUGACCCGUGCUGCUGUUCCACCACCUGGUGCUGCUCGUGAGGACUGGAAGAUUAUUCGUGCCAUUUCCGAAGUGGCCGGAGCCACAUUACCAUAUGACGACGUCCACCAGGUCCGCGAUCGCCUACGUGACAUUGCACCGCACUUUGCCAACUACAACGUGGUGGAACCCAGCUCAGUAGCCGUUGCCUCACUGGGUCUCGCGACCUUGAACAAAUCAAGUAUCAAGUCUGCAAACAUGGUGAUGACGCCUGUGAUUUCUGAUUAUUACAUGACAGAUUCUAUCACGCGUGCAUCCUCAACGAUGGCCAAGUGCUCGGUUGCAUUUUCUAAGGGAACUCAUCGCCCAGAAGAAUCAGAAUUCAAGAUUGAGGCCCAAGCGUAA